CUCUGCGGCUUUAUUUUCCGACGAGAUCGAUCUUGACCCGAGAGAGCCGAGGGAGACGACGGGACGAAGUACACGAGUCGCAGCUCCUGGAGCGAGUUGGGAAGAGUGUAAACAGCGAUAGCGAUGUGCGGGAGGACUCGGUGCACUCUAAACCCCGACCGGGUCGCUAGGGCUUGUGGAUUUGCUGCCUCAAUCCCCACCCGCCAAAUCGACCGUUAUCGGCCGUCAUACAAUGUUUCGCCAGGGGCGUACCUGCCGGUGUUGCUGUUGGAGAGGACGACAGGGGAAGCGGAGGCGUCGCCUUCCAUUUGUUGCAUGAAGUGGGGCCUCGUUCCUAGCUUCACCAAGAAGACUGAGAAGCCUGAUCACUACAAAAUGUUCAAUGCUCGUUCAGAAUCAGUAAAGGAGAAACCUUCCUUUUGCCGACUUCUACCUACUAAUCGAUGCGUUGUGGCAGUAGAAGGAUUCUAUGAGUGGAAGAAGGAUGCUUCAAAGAAGCAACCAUACUAUAUACAUUUCAAAGACAGCCGACCUCUGGUGUUUGCUGCUCUCUAUGACUCUUGGAAGAGUUCAGAAGGGGAUAUUCUUUACACCUUUACAAUUUUAACCGUGGGUUCAUCAAAGUCCUUGCAGUGGCUUCAUGAUAGAAUGCCUGUGAUCUUGGGGGAUGAUGUUUCUGUUGAUGUAUGGUUAAACAAUGGCAUGCCAAAAUCUGAAAUUGUACUUAGGCCAUACGAGGAUGAAGAUUUGGUUUGGUAUCCUGUGACCACUGCAGUUGGCAAACCAUCCUUUGAUGGGCCUGAUUGCAUUACAGAGAUUAAGUUAAAACGACCUGUUGAAAACCAAAUAGCAAAAUUCUUCACGAAGAAAGCUGAUGGAAAGAACCAGAUGGAGGAAGAACACACUAAGCGUUUAGAAUUAUCUCCAAAAGGAGACAGAGUUGAUGAUACCAAAAAAGAUGCUAGCAGAACCGAAAAUGUUGCCAAUUUUAAAGAAGAAUCUCCUCAGAAUGAUAUGUUUAAUUGCAUGAAAGAAGAUUGUGAACAUCACGUAGAUGAAAAGCAUAGCUCCAAUGGUUUACUCAAGAAAGAAAAUGUGUCACCAGAUAUCUUUGGUACCAAAAGACAAACCCAAGAAAUACCUCUUGAUUCUGGAUCAACAUCAGAGAAGGUCUCCAGUCUAUUAAAGAAGGCACGGAGGGUCAAGAAUGUUGAUGACAAGCAGGCUUCUCUUCUAUCUUAUUUUGGAAAGGCAUAAAUUCUCAUGUUUCUACGCGUUCCUUGUAGCUUUUGAUGCCUGCCAUAUGCAUAUCGUAUAACCAAGUUAUCUUCUGACAGGCCCUUUUGUUGUCCCUUGGGUCGGUUCUAAUGUGAAUGUAAUUACUGCAUUUUUCAUAAUAUCCAAAUCCCCUAACGUAUUCUCAAAA